AUGACCAACCCCGAAGAGGGUGAGCACGGCGCUCACACGCCGCCACCACACCCCCAACGGCCCAAGGGCAUCUUGAAGAACUCAUACAGAAACUCCCCGCCCGUGUCCCCCUCAGUCGAGAAGGACAUGUCGGACAAGCAAAUCACCAUCGAGAACACAAACAAGAACGCCGGGCACCGCAGAUCGUCCAGCGCGACCAGCCGACCCCGGGGCUAUUCACGCGCAACCUCCCACGCCGACGGAGACGAAGAUAUGGAGCCGAGCCAACGACUCAAGUGGGACGAGGCCAACCUGUAUCUCACUGAGCAAGAACGCACCUCGACCAUGAAGAUCACCGAGCCCAAGACCCCGUACGCUCAGCACUAUGAGCCAUCUGAGGACGAGGAUGAGGAUAUGCUUGAUGGCGAACCUUCGCAGAGAGACGAGAUCCCAGGCCUUUCACUGGGUGAGCCCGAAGAGGAAGUCCCGGAGAGACCUGCCGCCACAGAUCGGAAACCCAGCAAGGUCCAUGUCCAUGAUGACGAUGCCACCGCAAGCCAUGAUGCCGAGCACGAGUAUGCGGGCAUGUCCGCCGAGGAGCGCGAGAAGCACCGCAAGUUUGAGCAGCUUCGGAAGAAGCACUACGAAAUGAGAGAUGCUGCGAAGCUGUUGGGCCACAUGGAUGACAUCCCGCCGGAGGAGGACGAUGACGAGACCGCGCCACCCAUGCCCACCAUUAACGGGGCUAAGGUCAAAGCUGUCGACUAA